CAGUCAAAAUGUUUGUUAUUGAUGUCUAAUUUUGUUUGAAAAGCUGAAGUUUUGUUUUUAAAAUGAAACAAUUGGAACCAUUCAAACCCGGUACUAAUUAACAAAUUUGAUUAAACAACCCAUUUUUUAACACGUUUCUAAAUUUGGAACAGAAUAAUUCAAAUCUUCAUUAAAGAAAAUCAUUAAAACAUCCAAGAGAAUAAUACCUACUAAUCCUACUAUCAUAGUUGUUUACUUAAAAUUCAAGAAACAUCUGAGUAUUAUCUGGUUCUUAUGAAAAAAUGGUACAUUAAAUACGUUCAGAGACAUUAUUUGGAUGUGAUUAACUACAUAUUUAUUGAAAUCAAGAUGAGUUUUCCUAAAGACAAUGAUAUUGCCCCAGGUAGCAGUUGUCAAAGUGAAGAUGAGGUUAGGAGUUGUAGAUUUAAAAAAAGACUAAAUUACCCCACUUACUGUCCUGUCUGCAGUGUGACUAUACGAGAUUCAGAAGCCAAUUUACACUUAAAUUCCGAAAUUGAAAAACUAAACAAACUACAGGGAACCAAAGUUAAACUAAAUGGAAAAAACACCCCCAGUUCUUCAAAUGAUUCCUCAGAAAAGAAUUCUGAUAAAAAUUGGGAUACAUUCCAAAAAAUACGAUUAAAUAGACAAAGUAGGCAAAGAACGAAAACCAGGAAAAGAAAACAUGAAGAAACUUGUCCUGUGUGCAACCAAGACGUACAAGAAGAUUUAACAUUACAUGUUGAAAUGUGUCUUAGAAGAUCCGAAGCAAGUAGUGAAAGUGAUGAAAAUAUCGAUGUGGAAGCCUUUGAAGAAUAUGAUUGGGCUGGACAGUCUCGUAUCCGUGCAACCAGUUUAUUAGAAGGAGGCGUUUCGAGUUUAGGAACAACAAUUAAUAUGGUCGAUGAUGAUGAAGAAUUAAAUGUUGAUGUUGAUGACCACCAAAUGUACGGAUCUCCUGAGUAUUCUGAAACAGAUGUGAUACUUCCAUGUGAAAAUUCCGAAAACCAAGCUCUGCGUACUGCUGUGACUGGGGUCGAACCUAAAAAGUGUGCCCCACAUAGAACCCAUCCAGAAAUCGUAGAAGCCAAUGGAGAUCCUAUUUUAGAAGUUUUGAAAAAUAGAAUCGCAGAAUUGGAGAGUAGAGUGUCAAAUAAAGAAGAAGUGUUUAAGUGUUUAAUAUGUAUGGAAAGGUAUAGAACACCAGUGAUUUCGGUUUGUUGCUGGCAUGUACAUUGUGAGGAAUGUUGGUUACAAACUUUAGGAGUCAAAAAAUUGUGCCCUCAGUGUAAUAUGAUAACUUCUCCAACAGAUUUAAGAAAAAUUUACAUGUAAAGAAGUAAUGUACAUUUUUUAUUGAUUUUUAUACACUAAGAUUCAGGAUAGGUAAAAUUUGCUAAUCAUUUUAGGCACCAUAAGAGUCUAUAACUUAAAAAGUAGAACCAAAAAGAAAACAUAUGAGCACUAUGCCAUCACUUUUUAGUGACACAUACAUCGACAGUGGCACAUCAAACUUUUCACUUAUGGAUGGGAUAAAUAAAUUAAAGGAUAACCUCACUCAUUCUCAGAAUUCAAUUUUUUUAAUUUUUUUAAGUUCUAUGUGAUUUUACUAGUACACUUUAGAAAACCAAAAAUAAUCAUUUUUUUCAAGAAUAUUUUUCUCAGAACCUCUAUUUUCUAUCGUUUCCAUAUUCAGUAAAAUAAUAGAAAAAAUUCUGAAACAACGCAUAAUAUCGUACUUUGAAACCAAUAACUUGCUUACCAGUUCACAAUAUGGGUUUAGAAAGGAUCGUUCGACAACUCAUGCACUCUUAGAUGUGAUGAGUGGCAUAGUGGAUGGCCUGGAGAAGCAUAACCAAACUGCUGUAACGUUGUGUGAUCUUUCAAAGGCCUUCGACUGUGUUUCUCAUGAAAUUUUACUAAAAAAACUGCACUUUUACGGCAUCAGAGGUACUCCUCUAGAACAAAUUAAAUCUUAUCUAAGUGAUAGAUACCAAGCAGUCAGAUACGGAAAUUGUCUCUCUGAAUUUAAGCAUGGAGUUCCACAAGGUUCUGUUUUGGGCCCUCUAUUAUUUAUUAUAUAUGUUAAUGACUUGCCCAAUUUUAUGGCUCCAUGUAAAACAGUACUAUUUGCAGAUGACACUACUUUUAUUUUUUCUGGCAGAAAUCGUUCUCUUUUAGAAACCAAUUCUAGGAACAUAAAUUCAAAUGCUCAAUCAUGGUUCGCAGCAAAUAAACUUAGACUAAAUGACACCAAAACUCAAAAUUUAUUCAUUUCAACUAAUCCAUUCGAUGCUCAUGUGGAAAAAAAUACUGUAAAAUUGCUGGGCAUGACAAUUGACAACACACUGACUUGGUAUAACCAUAUUGACCAUCUCGAAAGGCAAACUUUCCAGUACUUUAUUUUUACUUAGACAACUAAAACUUGUUACAAGUGUUGAUACCUUAAGAACAAUUUAUUUUUCUCUCUUCCAUUCGUUUUUAAGCUAUGGCGUUAUUUUGUGGGGAAACUCUUGCAAUGCACUAACAAUAUUUAAAUUGCAAAAAAAAGCAAUUAGAAUAAUUGCAAAAGUUGGUUACUUGGAAUCUUGCAAACCAUUAUUUAUUAAAUAUAAAAUAAUGCCCUUGCCAACACUAUGGCUAUACAAUGUUCUCGUGGAAACACACAAAACUGCAGAUACUUUAGUUAAACAGUCUGACUUUCAUAAUUACAGCACAAGAGGUGCAAAUAAUAUCAGAACAGUCAAAUAUCGUUUGAGUAAAUCACAAAAAAACUCAAUUGAUUUUAACAUAUAUAAUGUCCUACCUAUAGAUUUUAAAAACCUUACAAUCAAUAAAUUUAAAGUCAUUCUGAAAAAAUAUCUAGUGAGAUUUGCUUUUUACUCUGUUAGUGAAUAUUUCGAUCAUUUUAAAGCAGUAUCAUGGACAUGAAUAUUACUCACUAUGUUUUCCGAUGUCAUAUUUUGUAAAUGUGCGUGAAUGUAUUUAUAUUUCUAUAUGUUAUAUUGUAUAUAUGUACACAUUAUCUCAUGUAUUUUAUAUAUAUCAAAUUGACUUGCUACAAUUCAAAAAAUUUUUUUUUGUAAACGUAGUCAAUAAAUUUUUGAAUCUUUGAAUCUUAUUAACUCUCGUAAGGCUGUGCUUAGAUUCUUACAUAAGCAACGGUGCGGGGUGCAUGUGCACCCCAUCUGUAUAUCCAUUUUUUAUAUGUGAACGUCGUGGAAAUUAAUUUGAAAGAUAAUUAGGACUUAUUUAUUAUCGUACAAAACAUAAUUUUACAAAAAAAGUACUCAUUUUUUCGUAAAAAAAAAUAUUAUCGUCGCAAGACAAACACAUGAAAUUUUUCACAGAAUGAGUAACACAAAGUUUUUACACACAAUACAGUAAUUAUGCCGGGACUUUCCGUCUUUUUUUUCUGACAUAAGUAACACCGACCUUGUCCCGUAGCUCUGUUAGCUCCAGGUGGAACAUCAGAAACAUCCAAUUCAGGAUACGAUGUUUUCAUCAUUUGCACACAAAAGUCAUUUUUUCAAAAAAGCACGUAAACACAUAAACACAAAGGGUUUUAAAUGCUGUAAUGGGUGGAAUACGUUUAGAAUUGAAUUUAAUACGAAUAAAAAAAUUGACAAAAAUCAAAAAAAAUUAUUAAAAAAGAUAGGUGAGAAAAACGAGGUCUGGGGUGCACGUGCACCCCGCACCGCGUUACGAGGGUUAAAAAUGAACAUAAAACUUUUUACAUAUUAUUAUCCAACUCUUAGAGUUUAGAGAGUACAAAAAAUAUAUCUUUUUUCAUUUAUGCACGUACACUAAUAUUGUAGAGGGCGCAAAAGUCGAAGCCUCGAAAAAUGAUGGCGGACAGUUAAUCUCAGGAUUGGGAUAUCAAACAAAAAAAUCGUACUGCAUUUGAAAGAGAUAAUGUUUCUUACGUGACAAUUUACCACAAUUUGAACAAAUAAUAAAUAUUUUUUAACCAUGAGAAACUGAAGAAAAACAGGCGAUUUUUUCACAAAAAUUUUUCACUAAUGGUGGUAAAUUGUCACGUAAGAAACCUUUCUUUUUCAAAUGCAAUACAAUUUUUUUGUUUUAGAGAUCCCAAUCCUGAGAUUAACUGUCUGCCAUCGGAACUACUUUUUUUCUAGGCCUUGAUUUUGGCACCUUCUACAAUAUUAGUGUACAUGCUUAAAUGAAAAAAGAUAUAUUUUUUGUAUUCUCUAAGAGUUAGAUAUUAAUAUGUGAAAAGUUUUAUAUUCAUUUUUAAUAAAGGUUCUGAGAAAAAAAAUCUUGAAAAAAUGCUUAUUUUUGGUCUUCUAAAGUGUACUAGUACUUUAAAUGAUAAUACUAUGCGCAAAUUUAAACCACCACCCCUUCCCCCUCCGACCCUCAUCAAAAACAUAAUUUUUCGUUUUUAUUUUUUUUUUAGGUGGGAUGCAAUCAAUUUUAAAAUUUCAAAAAAUUACAUAUAAAUUUUUUUUUUUUGGAAAUAAAAACACUACAUUUCUAGUUUUUUUUUCAGAUUUUUGCACAAGGUUUGCUAUCUGAUAAACUGUUUUUAGGGGGUUAUUGGGGAUUUUCCCUAUUUUAUAGACUCCAAAUAGAUCAAAUCAAGGUUUUUUUAUAAGUUAUAAUAUGUAAAUUGAAGUAACUGAGAUUUUUAGAGCAUUCAAAAAUGGAAGAUACAAUGUUCAAACCCCCUAAAAACAGUUUUUUGGAUUUUUGAAGGUAGCACCUUCCGUAAAAAUCUGAAAAAUUAGAAAUAUAGUGUUAAUAAAAUACACAAAGUAAAAAAAUUAGACCUGCAGAGCCAUCUUAACCCUCCGUUACUCGCACACGGUGUAUGAGACCGGGCCUCUAAAUAACUGCCUGUAACUCUGAUUUUAGUGCAUAUUUUCAAUUGCUGCUGCAUAUUAUACCUCUUCAGUCAUCAGUCAACUGUGUGUGAAGUCCACGUGCAGUGUAAAAAAGUGUAUUGUACUUUUAUUAUUAGGCAAGACCUAUUAAUUAGUCAAGUAAUUAAAAGUAGUAAGUUUUAAUUAGUCAGGUAAUUUAAGGUUUUUUUCUUAUUUUUAAUGUUUAUAUAUUUGUUUAUUUAUAUUUAGAUAUGGAUUACGAGAAGGAGAAGCAAAGAUUAUUAAAAUUAUUUGAGGAAGUAUCGACUGACGAGGAAACGUAUGAAAAUGAUGAUUAACAAAGUUACUUUUUGUUAAAGUAAUAUAAUGUUGAUACAAACGCAUAUUUACACAAUUAUAUGAUCAUAUAUUCAUUAAAUAAUAUAAUUGUACAAAACUUUGCAAAAAAAUUUUUUUUCAAAUAUUGCUGACCCAUAUUUUUGGACCCGGUCUUCUGCACCGUGCGCGAGUAUUCGAUCACAAAAAGUUGGCGCGAGUAACGGAAGGUUAAAAAAAAUAUAUGGUUUUUUCCAAAAAAAAAUUUGGGUUUGUGUACACUCAACCUAUGGAUCCAUAAAAAAUAGACAUGUUUUGUAAAAGAUUGUAUGCAUGUAAAUUUUUGAAAUUUUAAUACUGAUUGCAUCCCAUCGAAAAAAAAAUUAAAACGAAAAAUUACAUUUUUGAUGAGGGUCAGAGGGGGAAGAGGGUGGUGGGUUUAAUUUGUGCUGAGUAUUAUCUUUUAAUCACAUAUGUUUUCUUUUAGGUUCUACUAUUUAAGCUUUAGACUCUUAGCCUGGCCGCACAUCAAAGAAACAUGAAACGUAAAUUACGUUUCAUGGAAAUAAACCACUGCUAAACAAAUAUACGUCCGGCCAUUUAUGAAACUCUCCGAAAAUAAAAAUGUGUCAUGAGCAUGAAUCACACUCGUUUCAUUAGUAGGCGGACUUUGAGAUUUUUUUAGCAGUGUUUUCUUUUCAUGAAACAUGUUUUUCGUUUCAUGUUUUUCGUUUCAUGUUUCUUUGGUGUGCGGCUUGGCUUAUGGUGCCUAAAAUGAUAAGCAAAUUUCACCUAUCUCAGCUCUUAGUCUAUUAUCUGGUAAUGUUUACUUAGAUAUUAGAAAGUACCUACUUUGUUAAAUUGAUUCAUAAAAUAAAUAUUUUUUAUAUAAAAAAUGUUCUGAAAAGUUUCGUCUACACACAUAAAGUUUUGCUAAACGCAGUUGAAACAUAUUAAAUUACAACAUAAAAAUGUUUAAAAGCAUAGUAUUAAGUAAGAGUGACAUCAUGCUAUUUAUUGAAUUUAAAACAUGCCUGAAAAAUUUGUAUUUGGUUAUUUUUCAUGAAAUAAUUGAUGCACUUAAAUUAUUAUUUAAACAAAUACACCAGUUACAUCGUACUAUUUAUAAAAUUUAAAGCAUGCCUGAAAAUUUUGUAUUUGGUUAUUCUUUAUGAAAUAAUUGAUCCAAUUAAAUCAUUUAAACAAAUACAUCAGCAUUGGACAAAAUCCACUCGUAAUUACAUUACAUUUAUUUGUUUACAUCAUUUAACUGUGUCAAAAUUAGAACAAAUCAAUUUUUUUUACAAUUGUACCUAAUUAUAUUUAUUAUUUAUAUACAGUAUGUCCCUGUAAGUUGUAUCCAUAUGGAAAACUUUUUUAUUAUUAAUUUUACGAAAAAAAGUAAUUCUUUAUAAAAAGCUCUGCAUGGUCCAAAACCUAAGAUUUAACCAUCAAAUAUCAAAUUUUUUGAAUAUUAUACGAGGUAUGUCAAAAAGUUUGAAUUUCACUCAAGAGUAAAGUAGCUUUAUUUUUCACAAUAUUGAAAAUUGCUAUUAUGAAAAGUUGUUUGGAAUUAAAAACUGUAUUCUAGUAUGCAAUUACAUCCUUCUAAUUGAAAAUUUUUUUUUUUGAAAAAUUAUGGAUAACUGACAUUAUUUUCAGUUAUUUUAAUUCAAAUAACUCUUUUAUUAAUAAUUUUACGAAAAAAGUGAUUCUUAAUAAAAAAUUCUGCAUGGUGUAAAAUCUAAAAUACAACCAUCUUUUGUCAAAUAAACUUUAUCAAUUUUAUACGAGGUAUGUCAAAAAAUAUGAAUUUCACUCAAGAGUAAAAUACGUUUAUUUUUCACAAUAUCGAAAAUUGUUAUUAUGAAAAGUUAUUUAGAAAUUAUAGUGAAUUAGUGAUGGGAUAAUUCGAAUGAAAAAUAAUCGACCAUUCGAUUAUUGAAAUAACUCGAGAUAUCUCGAGAACUUGAACAAGAUCACUCGAAUUAUUAGAUCACUCAAACUACUCGAACAUUGUAUUCAGAAAAUCAGCUUAUUCGAAUAUCCGAUUUGACUUUUGAAUGGGAAGAGAGGGGAGAUGCCAGAGGAGUGAUGAGUAAUUCAUUCGAAUGAAAAUAAAACAUUCGAAUAUUUGUAUUCACAUGUUCUGCAUGUUCAUCAUGUAACGAUGACCUUGAGUUCUCAAGUUUCGAGUUCAGAAAAUGACCGUCAGAUAUUAAUAGUAUACGAGUGAUGCAUAAUUCGAAUGAUAACUCGAUUAUUAGAAUCACUCGAGUAGCCGUCUUUCGAUUAUUAGAUUAAUUCGAUUAUUCCCAUCACUAUUUAGAAUUAAAAAUUACGUUUCAGUAUGUAAUUACAUCCUUCCAAUUGAAAUAUUCUGAACUAUAAAGGUACUUUACUUUUGAUCUAAAUUUAUCUUUUUUUACAUACCUCGUAUAAAAUUGAUAAAAUUUGAUAUAAGAUGGUUGUAUUUUAAGUUUUACCAUCCAGAACUUUUUAUUAAGAAUCAGUUUUUUUCGUAAAAUUAAUAAUAAAAGAGUUAUCAGAAUUGAAAUAACUGAAAAAAUAGAUGUAAUUGCAUAUUAGAAUAUAGUUUUUAAUUCCAAACAACUUUUCAUAAUAGCAAUUUCCAAUAUUACGAAAAAUAAAGCUACUUUACUCUUGAGUGAAAUUCAUACUUUUUGACAUACCUCGUAUAAAAUUGAUAAAGUUUAUUUGACAAAAGAUGGUUGUAUUUUAGAUUUUACACCAUGCAGAAUUUUUUAUUAAGAAUCACUUUUUUCGUAAAAUUAUUAAUAAAAGAGUUAUUUGAAUUAAAAUAACUGAAAAUAAUGUCAGUUAUCCAUAAUUUUUCAAAAAAAAAAUUUUCAAUUAGAAGGAUGUAAUUGCAUACUAGAAUACAGUUUUUAAUUCCAAACAACUUUUCAUAAUAGCAAUUUUCAAUAUUGUGAAAAAUAAAGCUACUUUACUCUUGAGUGAAAUUCAAACUUUUUGACAUACCUCGUAUAAUAUUCAAAAAAUUUGAUAUUUGAUGGUUAAAUCUUAGGUUUUGGACUAUGCAGAGCUUUUUAUAAAGAAUAACUUUUUUUCGUAAAAUUAAUAAUAAAAAAGUUUUCCAUAUGGAUACAACUUACAGGGACAUACUGUAUAAGUACAGUAAAACUUCGAUAUAACGGACUAAUUGGGGGAAGGGGUGACCAUUAUAGCCGAAAGUCCAUUGUAUAAAAAUAGGUUUAAAAUAAAUAAAAAAAAAACGUUUAUUUUAAGUUUUGUAUGCACUUUUGAAGUUUACGUUUUUUUUAUAAUUAGAAAUAUGUCCGCAUUAUGCUACAAUACAAAUUUUAUUGAAAUUCUUUGGCGACGUUUUGGGAAAUACAGGGACUUUUUUUCAUAUUUGGCAGGAUUUUUUUGUCUGUUAUAUCUGAAGUCCGUUAAAUAGAGGUCCGUUAUAUUGAGGUUUUACUGUAUUAAAAUAUGUGUUAUUGAUUAUCUCGUUCUAAUAAAAAUGUUUGAAGACUAUUUCUAUAACAAAAUCGAAUUUGCUGCAAAGUCACAUCUUGUCCCGAAUCUUUAACAAUAAUUUUCAUCAUCAUCAUCAUUGGCUCAACAAUCCAUUGUGGUCCAUGUUCUUGUAAGAUUUAUUUGUCUUUUAAUUUUUUUGCUUGUUGUGGUGGUAGUAGUCACCAGCGAGCCAAGGUAUGUGAAGCUGUCAACACUUCACACUAAAGACUGUUUUCAGCUCAUUAAUUGGCAUAGAAUCCUUAGUAAAAACAUGUAUCUGGUUUUACCUUUGUUGAUGGCUAGACUGACAUGUUUUGCUACCAUUCUUAAGUCUGUGAGGAUCCUAUUUGUAAGGUUUAUUGUUCUUUUAAUUUCGAUACUUGUUUAAACAAUUGGUUGAUAGUAGACUGUUUUCUGUUUCUUUUUUGCUAAAGGAUCUUUAAAAUCCAACAUGUACCUAUUUGCUUUUGUCUUUGUUGAUGACUAAAUUGACUUGUUUCAAAUAUUGCUCAACAUCUUGCUUGUUAUGCCCAAUUAUAAUGUCAAUAUCAUCAAUGUAUGCUACGAUUUGUAUUGAUCUAUUGUCAAUAGUACUGUUGUCUCUAAUUUACAUGUCUUGGACUGCCUUUUCGUAGGAAAUAUUAAAUAGGAAGCACGUCAUCAUAAUAAUAUGUCCCCUUGUAUAAGUCCAUCCUUUUUGUCUCAAAAAUUCUAGAAUUGUUUCCCUGCGUCCUUACACUUGCUUUUAAAUUAGACAUUAUCGUUCCUGAAUAAGUUCUUCUGCUAUAUCAAACUUACGCAUUGAUUGGUAUAGUAGGUAUUGUUCCCUUGAAGCUGCCAUUGCUGCUUCUCAGUCAACAAAUAGGUGAAGGGUUUCAAUGAUAAAUUCUAAUGUCUUCCGGAGGAUCUGUCUUAUUGAAUGAAUGUGGUAAAUUCUUGAUUUUCCUGGAGUGAAUCUGUCCUGGUAUUUGCCAAUUAUGGCCACUGUGUAAAUGGCAGCCUUUUGUGUAUAUAAAUCUUGUUUCUCCUACCAUCAUGUUAACAAUUUUACUGUCCCCAAAUUGAUGUUUUUAUUUUUAAAUGCAUGUUUAUUAGUUUUCCUUCUCCUUGUCUUUGGCAGUUAAAUUGUGCAUGUUGCAUACAGCAUAGGUACAUAAGUACCACGUGUAUUCAACAAGUUAGUAUUUUUGAAAAAUAUUUUAAAUUUUCUAUGGUGAAUUUUUUGGGCAAUAAUUUGAGACUGACCAGAUCCUCUCAAGUCAAAUUGUAAGUAUUCAACUUAUUAUAAUAUACAGUAGCUCGUCGAUAAUCCGAACCCUAAUAACCCGAACGCAAAAAAAAUUAUAAAAUUAAAAAAUAUGAUCGCGGACCGAAUUUUGGAUAUAAUAUGACAAUAUGGGCAAAAUAUGACUGCGGAUUUUUGUUUUGUUUAUGCAGAAAUACAUACAAUAUAUUUGUUUAUUAUGCAGGUGUUUUAUUUCUUGUAACUAAAACGUAUAUACAAUGUACAAUAUGUACUGUGUUUAUGAGCUUUGUACGUAUUUUGAACAUAAAUAUGUUCGAUAAUCCGAACUACCCCUGUACCAAUUAGUUCGUAUUAUCGACGCUCUACUGUACCUCAUAAAAUUUGAAAUAUCGUUUGCACUAUGAUGAGUGUAUUAGAACUAAAACUUGAAAGAUUAAACAGUCUGGAGCUACAUUUGACUAAGGUACACUUAAGUGAUACAAAAACACAAAGUUUAUAUUAUAGAUGCUUAUGAUAUAAAAACAAAUUUGAAUAGAUAUUAAAAAACAAAACAAUUAAUUUUCUAAGAAACCCAUUUUAAAAGAGACCAUACACACACUGGGAUAGACAAUGGAUAAAGAAAAAUGUGGUAUGAUAAUGUUUUGUUUUUGUAAAUAAAUGAAUUAUUAUUGUUUAUCUUAAAAACAUACAUAUAUGAGAGAAUAUUACUUUUGUAAAAUAAUUUCAUAGCUAUAUACUUCAUAAUUUUUCAUCGGAGACAAAUAAUUAAGUAUGAGCUAGCACCCUCUACAGGGUGUAUCAUUAAGAAUGUCCAAUCUCUGAGUUGUAGAUUCUAGACCUCAAAAUAUUAAGAUUUAACCCAAAACACUUAAAUAAAAUAUGGCUCCUUACUGAGUUACAGGGUGUUUUAUUUAAAAACUAUUUUUACCCAGUACUUUAAAACUAUUUGAUGUAUCCUUAUCAUACUUGCGGAAAGUGUGGCUGCUAUACACCCUAUUAAAUUGUGAUAAAUAAACGUUUCUAGCUACUACCAGAGGCGUACCACAGGGGAUAGUGAAUGGUUGACCCUUCCCAAAUUCUACGCCACUGGAGGAAUUACUAUUUUAACGCAAUUUUUCGAUUCUCCAAUACUUUCUAUGUAAAUUGUAUUCUCCUGAUUGGUAGCGAUAAAGUCAUUAGUUUUCGAGAUAUUUGAGGUUAAUUAUGAAACAGCACAGUUAUUUUGAUUAAUGUAUUGUGUAUCGUUUCAUUAACUUCAAAUGUCUCGAAAACUAAUGAUUUUAUCGUUACAAAUGAAGAGUAUAGAGUAUAUUAUUUACAUAAAAAGUAUUGGUAAAUGUAAAUCGAAAACCCUCGAAACUCUAGAAGAUGACGUCCGUUGAAGGUCAAGGUCAAAGUAAAGGUCGCCAUUCCUAGACUACUAUUACUUUUCCUGGAUUCAAACUUCUACAUGUUGGCAGAUAACCAAUAACUCAGGGAAUUGGAAUACUCAGUAAUUCUUAUAAUUUUCCGAGUUUGUUUGUUUUUCCGAUUGAGUUGUGCCGAUCAGAACUUUUUAUCAGGAUGCUUCAAAGAGAAUUUUCCCAAAGUAUGAACAAAAUCCACUGGGACCUAAUUUCUAUAAGAUUUGUGCGGGGUACUUUACCGUACAAAUAAUCCCUAAAAUUUAUAAAGGCUUCCGAAAAAUACACAUCAAUAACAUUUUGAUUUUUGAACUAGGCAAAACCUGCAAUUUUUUGUUAUAAAUUUCUAUUCAUACUAAUGGAAUAUUAAAAAAAAUGCUUGAAUUCUUGUAUCACUAAAAGUGCAUCCAUUAUAAUUAUUUAAAAAUUUUUUCAUUGUAAUUAUUUAAAAAUUUUAUUAUUUAAAGAAACUGAUUAGUUUAGUAGAUUUAGUUAUAAAAAAGUGUUCAGUAAUUUUGUUGUUAAAGAAAGUGUUUACCAUUAAUGAUCUUAUGUUCAGAAUUAAUUUUACUUAAAUAAACUCAGUCUAUUCUCAGGAUUAAAUAAAAAUUAAAGCUUUCUGAUAUGUUAA